UCUUAAUACCGGUGUAGGAAAAUCCUGUGCCAGUUCUAUGAUACCAAACAGAACUAGGUCAUUGCAGCCGUCACUUAUAAAUAUGAAGGCAUUGUAGCCAUGAAGCGGUAAAGGGGAAGGAACAAUGGCCAGCAUGGAGGAGAUUUCAGGAAUGAAGAAGAAGACGAGUAGAGAAAUACCUUCUCGGAGAAGGAAGACGGACAACAAGCGAAUGCUCCGACGAUGUGAUGAGAUUGAUCUCCCUACAACUGAGAAAUCAAUGAUCUGCUUCCAUAGGAGAAAUUCUACUACAUACGCCUUUUACUUGUUUAACUUCUCCUCCUCAGACGAAGAAGAAGAAGAAGAAGAAGAUUAUCGCUAUCGAAUUCUCCAUGGGCCAUAUGGACUUGGAAGAAGUGUUCUACCUUCACUCUUUGGACCUCAACAGAUGCCUAAGGGGAGAUGGGGUGGCAGGUUUGCUGCCUUGGGCUUCAAUAUCUACCACAUAGGCGGCUUCGAUUUAAGUAAAAAGGUGCAUUGUUUUGAUACGAGUAAUCCUGAGGGGGGUUGGAGGGAGGUUGCUCCCUUGAUUAGAGGCGGGCAUUCGGCCGCUGUAGCUGUUGUCGACAAUAAGAUUUAUGUCAUGAAUAUUUAUUCUGGGGAAGAUAAAGAGGAACCUUGGGGCCAAGUUUUCGACCCUGCCUUAAAUACGUGGAGUCCCAUGCCUGAACUUCCCUCUUCCACAGUUAGAGCUCAUUACUUUACACAUCUUGAUGACGAAAAAACCAUUCUUGUUGCUGCUGAUGGUCGCAAAAUCUUAUAUGGCUAUAAAGUCAAAACCAAUUCUUGGUUUAAGUUCGACGAGGAUUUCAAGGAAAAAGGAAAAAUCUUUGCAAUGAGCGGGCCUCGUGUGGCAGUCAAUAGAUGCUUGUAUUGGCUUGGUGACGAUGAGUUGUAUGGUUAUGAUUUAGAUGAAGGAGAGCUUUACAUUGGUAAAUUUGGGUACCUUGAUUUGGAGCUUCGAGGGAUAGUUAGGCAUCCUGGAGAUAAUAUUUGUUCUGAGUAUGCAAUGAGCGACGAAUGUAGGUUAAUUGCUUUAGGUGGUGGAAAGUUGUGUAUGGUUUGGCAGCAUGACAAAAUAGUUGGCCCCUACACCGACCCCCUCAUUGACCCUAAUGUAAAUGAUUCUACUUUUUAUUGUGUUUAUUGUGUCAAGUUUCAAGUUUCCAAAGGUAUCCGCCCAUCCAAGGAGGGAAAACUGGAACGCGUCCUGAACAUUUCGGUUGAGUCUUCUAAAUCCUUUCUCCUAAAGGGGCCUUUCUUAGAAUUGGGUUAUGUUUCCGCCAUGGAAGGAGGACGGCAAGCAAGGAAGAAAUCUAUGGAUCGCAGCAAAGGAAGAAGGCAAGAAAACUUGAGUCAAAGAAGAGCAACAAACCAAUGCUCCAAAGAUGUUCUCAGUUUUCCUCAAUGGAGAAAUCUAUAUGCUUCCGGACAAUAGGUCCCGAGUGUAUAUCUAACUUUUACAUGUUCAGCUUUUCAUAUGGUGAAGAUAGCAAAGCUGUUGCUGAUCAUCAUUACCAAAUCAU